UUGGGCCGAGAGGGGAGGUGACUCCGGCCGAAGAGGAGGACGCAGGAUGAGGGCCCUGCGGGUCUCCCAGGCUCUGGUCCGCUCCUUUAGCUCAACCGCCCGGAACCGCUUGGAGAACCGAGUGGCUGAGAAACAGAAAAUCUUCCAGGCGGACAAUGACCUCCCGGUGCAUUUGAAGGGCGGUGCAACUGACAACAUCCUGUACCGAGUGACUAUGACUCUGUGUCUGGGGGGCACUGUCUAUAGCCUGUACUGCCUCGGCUGGGCCUCCUUCCCUCACAAGAAGUGAGACCAAGAAGUCUGCAGGACCUCAACAAGCAUCAAUAAA